GUGUCGGGGUUGCCUGUCCACCAUGACAUGCUUGUAUUUCAUUCAUCAGCAAAGUUGCAUCAGAUGCCCGCUGCUCCCAGCCCACCGGAUACCACGUCACCCACAUUGGAUGCCAGUCUCUGCCCACAGCGCUGGGUUAGGAAUGAAGGGCGGUGCUACUUUUUCUCUGACACUGAGCAGACCUGGAACGCCAGCCGGAUCAAUUGCUCUUCCCAGGGAGGUUCCCUGGUGGCCAUGGAUACUCCACAGGAGAAGGAAUUUGUCCUGGGCUCUCAGCAUCUAAUUUAUUUCUGGCUUGACUUCUGGAGAGAUGGGGUAGGAAAACCCUGGAAACGGGCCGAUGGAUCCCUCUUCAACAACACCUGAGAUUUGUUCUCACAAACUCAUCAUGUUUGACACACCGUGCA